GUUAAGGAAUCCGAGCUCUAUCUGGGCUCUCUAUCUUCCAUGCAAACCUCCCAUGCCAAAGGAAACCUUCCUGCCGGUUAUCAGCUCACACCAUUAACUACCGACAUCUUUUAUUUCCUUCACACGAUCAUCUGUUUCUCAUUCCUGCAUAGUCUAAAGUUGCCAUUGCCAGAACGUCAUUGCUUAAGAGUCGUUCCAUCAUGCCGUGCCUGCUGAAUGCCUUCUCUACAAUGGUGAAGCAUGCUCAGCAAUGACUCCUGACCAUGGAUUAAACUUAUAAGACACCAUGUUUUAGUCUCUGUUCUUACAAGGACUUCAUUUUUGACAUUCCUAUGUUCAUCCCGCCUACCAAUACCAUCAGGAUUUGCUUUUGUUUAUUUUGAGGAUGAACGUGAUGCUGAGGAUGCUAUACGAAGCCUUGAUAAUGCACCAUUUGGGCAUAGCAAGCGGAGGUUGUCAGUGGAGUGGUCCAGGGGAGAACGUGGACGUUACCGGGAUAGCUCAAGGGGAAUGGCAAACACAAGGCCAACAAAAACAUUGUUUGUCAUAAAUUUUGAUCCACUCCGUACUAGAACUCGAGAUAUUGAAAAGCAUUUUGAACCAUUUGGCAAAGUUCUUAACGUCCGUAUUCGGAGGAAUUUUGCAUUUGUGCAAUUUGAUAGCCAAGAUGAAGCCACGAAGGCGCUUGAAUGCACAAACAUGAGUAAGCUUCUUGAUAGAGUGGUUUCAGUUGAGUAUGCCCAUAGGGAUGAUGGUGAAAGAGGUGACAGGUUUGACAGCCCUAGAAGAGACUAUGGUGGGCGUGGCGAUCCGUAUCACCGCUCUGUUAGUCCAAUCUACAGGAGCCGUCCAAGCCCUGACUAUGGGCGGCGGCCACGCAGUCCGGAUUAUGACCAUUUCAACGGACCAUCAUAUGGUAGAAGCAGAAGCCCUGAUUACUACCAAUAUCGAAGCCCAUCUCCUGUUAAAAGAUCCAGAACUUGAAGCGGGAUUGAGAGUAGCGUAGCAGGAUGGAGAACAGAAGCUAUAUGCUCUGGCAUUUACAAUAGAUUUACUUCCUGUUCUAUUGCGUCACUUAGGGAACUUGUUUAAUAACCAUGUAUUUCGAGUCAACAUACCGUUUGAUGAACUCUUUUAUAGAGGUAUGGCGUACUAAUUUAACUGCUGUUUUAGUCUAUUUUCGUCGUGUGAAUCGCUGAGAACUUAAAACUUUUGAUGUUCUUCUGCUGCCUAAUUGCAGAGCUUCUGGAUUUUGUUGGACUA